AUGAAGAACUCCGACGUUUUCACCAGUUCCGGAUAUGACACGGUCGUUUCCGUCACUCAGAAGUCCGUGAAUGAUCAGCUUAUGCACCUGGCGGAUCCUGAUAUCGGUAUCAUCAAGACGAGCUUUAUUCUGAGCGUGAAAUAUGAUGAGCCUACUGAUAAGUUCGUUUCUAAGUUUUAUGACAAAUAUGAAGACGUUCCCAAGGAUCCUUCCGGAAAGCCCCUGGACUCUCUCAUCAAUGCGAACUACAUGCCCAAGAUUCUCAUUGAAGAGAGCGGUACGGAAAUUUUCCUGAUCCUUCAUUUCGACCGAGGCUCCGCCUGGCGUCCACGCAUGGGCGGUUUUGGUCUUACGCAGUGGGACAUGGCUGGUUGGGAAUACGGUAUCGGUAUUUCACUUGACCUUGCUGGCAUUGGACGUUCUAACAUUGGUGCCAAAAUGCCUGUUCCACAAAUUGUCAUCGACCGACUCACCAAGUUUGUGUCGGAAGGAUUCUCUGUGGCUCAGCUGUUCGUGAAUUUCGAAUCUACCGAACUAGUCAACUUCGACCCUAAUCAUACCAAAUACUUCAAAGAUCAUCCUAAGGAAAAUCCAUUAAUUCUAGGGUACACCAUAUCGGACCAAAAACGUCAACCGCCACACGAUGAAAACGUCCCGCCCUGUCUCAAGCCCAUCGGCCAAACGUUCAGUAUAUAUUUUGACUCCAGUGAUCAUGAUAGGAGUACGAUCAACUUCGUACUCAAUACCGAAGGGGGAGAGAAACGCCUGGAUGUGGGCAAUCACCCCACACCGGGGAAUUUCGAUUACAACUGGAUCCAGCCCCAGGAUCAGUGUGAUGGAAAGAUGAUUUAUUCCUCGUUUUCGUUAUAUGAAUCAUUGAUACUUCGUCUAUUUUACGAGUCCUUUAGCACCAAGUUUGCACAGAGAUUUAGGAACACUUUCUUGAAAAUCCUUCCUGCCCCAAGCUACAAAGACGCAAAAUCCGGCGUUGGUGCAAAUGUAUCCUUCCAAAUCGCCAAGGUUGAGGCGGGGGAUGACCAAUACACCAACAAGUACUCUGUCAACGCAUUAAACACCUCGGAUCCUUCUAUACAAAUCCGAUUCUCCGGGGAAAUUUCAUUCAAGAAGACUGCUAGGAAGGCCCUUGUAUGUCUGGCGGAGGCUUGGGCAAGCAGCAAAACGGAAUGGUCCGCCGAAAUAACGCUCAUAAAAGCUAAGGAUAAGGAUGGAAAGGUAACCAUCCAGGUAAGUGCGUCGGAUCCGGUGUUCUCGGGAUAUAAACCAUCAUCCGGGCAGAACGAGUGUGCCGCGUUCUGGAAGGACGUUGCAUUCUGGGUUGGAACGAUCCUAGAUGCCUUGAAAAGUAUCUUCACUUUCGGACUCAGCAACGAUAACUUUUUCAAGAAGCUUUUCAUGGAACUUCUGACCCCCGAUAUUGGUAGCUUACCAGGUCCUACGGCGUUUGUUGGCAGUCUGGAUUCCAACAUCAACAGUACUUUCAUGCUACCUGCUGGCCAGGUUUUCUUCUCCAAGCUAACCUACAAGACCGACACUUAUCAUCUUACUGACGAGCCCUCCUUGUACUCAGCCGUAACGGAGGUUAAAUACAUAUACGAAGAAACACCCUGUUCGCGCUUAAUCUCAAUACCGAACAUUGAAGAUAUCUGCGAGGCUGCAGCAGUAACGAAAAAAACUAAACUGCUUGAUGUGGCUGGAAACGACUCCCAGAAGAUCGCAGUGAACCCGUCACCGUUAGCUGCCCCCAUAAUCGACGUGACAAAACUCAAUCCUACGAUAGCACAACAAAAGAAUGCCCUAAAAGCGACCGUGUCAUCGGAGUUGAUGUCCAAUAUACAACAAGCUAUGCCAGUUGCUCCCUCUUCCACAUUCGACGUCGUCAAAGAUAACGUCGGAAAUUCCUUGAUAUUCACUAUUGGCUCCGAGGGAAGCUUUCAGAUGCUCCAGAGCACAUCGGGAAAGAACCCAGACGGCUGGUCCUCCACGAACUUGUUAGGUUCGUUCCGUAAUCACUCCUACGCUGUUCAAUUCGACGUAACCCAAGACAUAAGGGGUCGCAUCUCGCUUGCUUUCAUACUCCAGAGAAAGACGCAACUGGGACAGAUUGGGGAUCUGCCCAAGUUCUCGUCUCGGGUAACCAAAGUUAAUGGACUCGCUAAGAGCUUUAUAGGAGAUCACAUACAGGUGGGAUCAUCCGACGAUAAUUCAAACCCUCAGAUUGUUGUCGUCGGAGAUGCGCCCGGUUCACGGCAUUUCUAUCAGGUAAAUAGUAAUACUAACGUUGCCAUCCGAGUCGAAUUCCCCGAAGGAUUGGAUGUGGGCGAUAAUAAUUUCUUUAAGCUUCAGAUGGGUUUCAACUUUAGCCAACGAGCAAAUUACUUCCUCUACAAGCUAGGAGAGUCGGUAUCUUUGAUCGCUAAGACGAUUGGGGAUGACAAACAGGGGACCCUAUCUUACGAUUACAGCCCAGGAAACUUACACUUGCCUGAAGCGUAUCGCCAGUUGAAACAUAGUAGCGUUGAUGUAUCUACUGCACGAGCUGAGGCGAAAAAUCCAAGUUCCGAUAUAUACAUACGUUGGGGCAGAGCCAAUCUCAUGGAACAAAUAGCCAAGGAAGACUCAGGCGAGAUGUCUCUUUGGGUAGAGGCUUCUCCAAGUUCUCUAUACCUAGUCCGCGGAGAGCGUCAGGAGGGACAUAUCGUCAAGUGGAGCGAACCUGUUCUUUUCGCCAAAAAUGUUCUUCAUAUGGCACCUCUUCGCGUCGUCAAGUCAGACAGUGGCCCGAGCAGCAAUAUGAUAUUUACCUUGGACACGGGGCUUACCGUUACACAUUACUGGCAAGAUCCGUCCUCAACCCUCUGGAGUCGCAAGACUGCCAGAGUCGGCCAGAGCAACUACGUUGUCAAUUUCAAUUCCUUCACGACACAGUUCCACCUCGGUGACGAGCUGGGAGUUCCUGUCCGAGCCAAAGUCAAGAUCACAUCCAGCGAAUGGCAAUAUGCCACGGUAAACGGUCUUAUUUAUUCUCUGGACAGCCACGUACCCGCGGAGGUUGAGACUGAUGAGUUCGGUAAUAUCACCAUCAUAAGCACUGCUUCUGACGUUGCUCCAGCUGUGCUUCAUAUUACUAGUGAUGUCUUCAAGGAAACUCUAAGCAUUUUCCCUAAUGGCAAAAUACACCAUCAUCUUCUCAACAUAACUGACGGGACAUCAUUAAGAGCGGCACGGACCCAAGAUGGCAAAUCCGUACUUCCAAAUGAUAUAUCUGAAGAUGUAUCAAACGGGAUUGCACGGUCGCUUUCGAUGAUACGCGGAUCCGUUGGUAACAGCUUCCCCCCGCACAAGUGCGGAAACAUCUUCACAGCCGUAGAGAUGCCUAAUGAACUAACGAGAGCAGCAAUCAAGCAUGACUUGCGUGCAAAGAUCUCGCCUUCCACCAUUGACGACGAGUUUUAUCUCAGAUUCAGCACGAAAGAUGGAUCUUGGGCAGCAUUCGGCGAUGAGGAGUUGGAGGGAGUGAGACGAGACGCGCCGUUGCAAGUUGAAUCGUGGACCGACGUAUUCGGCGAUAUCUGGCACUGGCUAGAGAAUGCUUUCGACGAAGUCGUCAAGGUCAUCGAAGACGGUGUUGUCAAGCUUGCAAACGGAGUGAAAUUCAUCAUCUCCAAAGUUGGGGAAGGAUUCGAGUUCGUGCUCCAAAUAGGGGAUAAAACAAUCCGACUUGUCUUGGACACCUUGGUCACCAUAUACAAAGGGUUGAACUUCCUCCUAAAACUAGUCGGGAUUGAUCUAGAUAAGGUUCUCGCCUGGUUCGGGCACCUGCUAGGUUGGGAUCACAUAUGGGCUACACAUAAAGUCAUCGCGGAGACUAGCAAAAGCUUUCUUGACUACGGCGUGGCCGAGGCAGCAAGUCUAAUUGAGAGCACCAGAGCCGAGAUGAAGUCGAUCUUCUCAACCAUCGGAAAGGAUAUAAAGAAUCUUACACUCCCUCCUGAAUUUAGUAACCAGACGAUCUCGUCAAUGAAGCAAACAGCUGCGGAGAAAGACAACAGGAAACCUGAUAUGUCAGAGAUGACACCGGCCGUUAACAUGGCAACUUAUCAUUUGCGCCAUGCCGCGCCGUUGAAUAAAGAGGACGAAAUAUCCAAUAUCACGGAAAGUACCGAUCACAGUAAUCCUAUUGUCCGUCUUUUUGAAGAUGUCUUCAAACCAGUUUGGGAGACCAUUGAAGGGAAGCUCAAGCAAACUGGGACGGACCUUGUGGCUCUUCUCACGCACGGAACAAUCGCGGACCUGCAGCGCGUCUGCGCAGACUUCGCUGAUAUCAUCAUCUCAGCCCUUGCGGCAUUCAUCGACGGCGUGCUCAAACUAGUCGAGGACCUGAUAGUGGACCUAAAGUCAGAGAUGGAAAAGACGAUCAACACUCCAGUUUUCGGCGCACUCUACGAGUUCAUCUGCGAAUUGAUGGGCGAGAAAGAGCUGAUGACGGUUGUGAAUGUCGCCUCGCUUAUCGCUGCGAUUCCAGCUACGACAGUAGCCAAGAUCGCAACCGGGAGCACGCCGGACGAGUGGUGUGAAGGUAUUAAGCUCAGUAACACCCCGGAAGCCUUGGCAGAUGUUGUCAAGAGCCUCAAUCCAGCCUCAGCAACGUCAAGCACAGCAGCAAAAGCCUUCUCCGAUAAAAUAAUUUCAUUAGAGAAUAUGGAUAGUACGACGUCAAAAUUGGAUCCCGAAGACAAAGGUAAAAGCCAGAAGAGCUUCAGAUGCCCGAAGGAAUUACGCGUCAUCUCCUAUCUCCAGGGUGUAGUUUCUCCUAUUUGUGCAGUCGGCCAUAAUGUAUCGUGGCUGUUUUCCGAGGCACCAGAAGGUGUACCACCUGUUAACAUGUCCAGUGCUUCGCUCGCGGCAUUAUCGAAAAGGCUUGGGAACUUAAAAUAUAUCUUCUCCAUGCCUAUCGCCAAGGACAACCAAGAAUGGUGGGCAUAUUGUUGCCGCUGGGUCGCUUGGGUUGUGCCGGGUAUCAACAGCCUUGUUCUUGACACAUUACCAAAGGCGGCUACCAACCUCCUUGGGUUUAUCGUGAACUGCGUCUGCCUAACUCUAUCAAUUAUCACCAACACCGGUGAAGGGACUCACUGGAGCAAUUGGCUCACCGACAUGGCCUCGAACGGUGGCGGAAUCAUAUCGAGUUGCGGGAAAAUAAGUGGACAACAUCCCGUUAUACUGGCGGGAAUGGCCAUUAGUACAAUAAUCGGUGGCGGGGGGUCCUUCAUAAGGACUGCUAUCGCGAUUGGGAAUGACGAAGUUUGGAGGGCUACUAAUGUGGGAGGAUGCUAAGGGGAUAAAGAACGCGCUGAGAAGUAGUUCCUCCCUAUUCUCAUAAAUACAAUUGUGCCAGGAGUCUCAAGCGAGACUCCUUGGGAACCAAGAAGUUAUGAAGUUGUUUCUAUACGUAGGUACCUACCUACCUUAUGCUCUGCGACGUGGCAAAUUGAACGCUACGUUAGCCAACUUCGGUUUUCAAAAAUAG